AUGGGUGUCGAUCCUGAAAUUGCGCCGACCGCGAGUGCGUCCAAGACCGCUGAAGUGUUUUCCCAACACGAGGGUGAUCUGAAGGAAGGACUCGUCGAAAACAACGGACACUUCACCGCUGCCGAACUUGUGAAGUAUGGACAGACAAAGCGUGGUCUUUCGCCUCGCCAUGUCCAAUUGAUGGCCAUUGGAGGAUCCAUCGGUACAGGUCUCUUCGUAGGAAUCGGUGGCUCCCUCUCCAAAGCUGGUCCUCUCUCCCUCGUACUCGGAUACAUGUUCUGGGGCGCCCUCUUCGUCUGGCCCACAUACCUCUGCGUUGCAGAGAUGUGCGCCUAUCUACCUCUCCGCGGCGCUAUCUUCGAGCUGGCAGCCCGCUUCGUCGACCCCGCGCUCGGCUUUGCUAUGGGAUGGACCUACUUCUUUGCUGGUGUGAUGCUGGUUUGCACAGAAUACAGCGCCGUUGCAACGGUCAUGCAAUACUGGAACACCGACAUCAACCCGGCCGUUUGGAUCGCUAUGACGAUGGUAGUGUGUGUUUUUCUGAACGUGGUUGCGGUGAAGUGGUACGGCGAGUCGGAGUUUGUCAUGGCUUCCACCAAGGUUCUACUUCUGAUCGGUCUCGUCCUUCUCACCUUCAUCACCAUGCUCGGCGGCAAUCCUCAGAAUGACCGCUACGGAUUCCGGUACUGGACCAGCGAAGGUGGAGGAGCGAUCCAUGCCUACUACGCUGAAGGCGCCACUGGACGCUUCUGCGGUUUCUGGAGUGUAUGUAUCUACGCUGCUUUCACUAUCGCCGGGCCGGACAUGAUCUGUCUCGCUGCAGGGGAAAUCCAGAACCCGCGCCGCACGAUUCCGCGCGUGGCAAAGCUCAUCUUCUACCGCCUGGUUGGAUUCUACGUCUUCGGUGUGCUGGCUGUAGGCAUCAUCUGCUCGUCCCGCGACUCUCGUCUCCUGGGAGCCAUUGACGCUGGCGAGCCGGGCGCCGCAGCCUCGCCCUGGGUGGUCGGCAUCACAAACCUCGGUAUCAAGGGCCUGCCCGGCCUCAUCAACUUCCUGAUCCUGCUCUCCGGCUGGUCCUGUGGAAACGCAUACCUCUACGCUUCUUCCCGCACUCUCUACGGCCUCGCCCGCGACGGCCAGGCGCCGAAGUUCCUCCUCAAGUGCACAAAAGCUGGUGUACCGAUCUACGCGGUCGGCGUCGUGACACUGAUCACCUGCCUUACAUUCCUCGUCAGCUCAAAUAACGCAGUCGAGGUGUUCUACUGGUUCGUUGGGCUGACGACAUGCGCGCUCGUGUGCACAUAUGUCGGCAUGCUGUGGACGUAUGUUGGCUGGCAUCGUGCGCGCGUUGCCCAGAACUUCGAUAAGAGUCUGCUUCCGUAUGUUGCGCCUUUUACGCCUUAUACUGCGUGGCUCGCUAUGGUUCUUGGUGUGCUGAUGGUCAUCUUCAUUGGUUACGAUACGCUUGUGCCAUUCAGCAUUCAAGGGUUCAUCACGAGCUACUUCGGAGCGUGGUUCAGUAUCUUCGUUUUUAUCUUUUGGAAAGUGUUCAAGCGUACGUCGUUUGUCAACCCAGCGGAAGCUGACUUCGUGAGCGGCAAGGCGGCGAUUGACGAGGAGUGCAGAGAAUGGGAGGAAGGCGGCAUUGAAGAGAACGUCAAGGCGAGGCUAUCAAAGAUGCCUCUCUGGCGCAGAUGCUGGGAGAGGAUGUGGUAG